GUAUGGCCUCAUCAUCAACACCUAAAUAUAAUUCAAACUCCUUGGAGAGUUCCUCAAGUAAAAGGACUCUAAAAGAUGGAACUAACUGGGAACAAAAUGAAGAAAUACCUCGUCUGCCAGGAGAGACUAGAGUUACAGACAAGGAUGUUAUUUAUAUGUGUCCAUUUAAUGGCCCCGUUAAAGGAAGAGUGUACAUCACAAACUACAGGCUGUACCUAAGAAGUGUGGAAAAUGAUCCAGUUGUGGUAUUGAAUGUUCCAUUGGGUGUAAUUUCAAGGAUUGAAAAAAUGGGAGGAGCUUCAAGCAGAGGAGAGAACUCUUAUGGAUUAGAUAUAACCUGUAAAGAUAUGAGAAAUUUACGGUUUGCAUUAAAACAAGAAGGGCACAGUAGAAGAGAUAUAUUUGAAGUCCUCACAAAAUAUGCUUUUCCCCAGUCACAUAACUUGCUUUUUUUUGCAUUUGCAAAUGAAGAAAAGUUUUCUGAAAAUGGAUGGAUGGUGUACAAUCCAAUGUCUGAAUACAGGAGACAAGGACUGCCUAAUGAACGGUGGCGAGUAACUUUUAUUAAUGAACAUUACGGACUGUGUGACACAUAUCCAUCGCUUUUAGUAGUGCCAUAUAAUGCAACAGAUGAUGAUCUCAAGAAAGUUGCUUCCUUUAGGUCCCGAAAUAGGAUCCCGGUUCUGUCAUGGAUUCAUCCAGAGACUCAAGCUGUUAUUAUGCGCUGCAGUCAACCCCUUGUUGGAAUGAGUGGCAAGAGGAAUAAAGAUGAUGAAAGAUAUCUUGAUAUCAUCAGGGAGGCUAACGGGCAAAUCUCAAAACUGACCAUCUGUGAUGCUAGGCCCAACGUCAAUGCAGUCGCGAACAAGGCAACUGGGGGAGGAUAUGAAGGUGAAGAUGCAUAUCCCAAUGCAGAGCUUUUCUUCUUGGACAUUCAUAAUAUUCAUGUCAUGCGAGAAUCUUUGAAGAAGUUGAAGGACAUUGUUUAUCCUAACGUGGAAGAAUCACACUGGUUGUCGAGUCUGGAAUCAACCCAUUGGUUAGAACAUAUAAAGCUUGUCUUGACAGGAGCUAUUCAAGUGGCAGACAAGGUAUCCUCAGGAAGGAGCUCUGUGUUGGUUCACUGCAGUGAUGGCUGGGACCGGACGGCACAGCUAACAUCGCUGGCCAUGUUGAUGCUAGACAGCUACUACAGAACAAUUGAAGGCUUUGAAGUGCUGGUGCAAAAAGAGUGGAUAAGCUUUGGACACAAAUUUGCAUCGAGAAUAGGCCAUGGUGAUAAAAAUCAUGCUGAUGCAGACAGAUCGCCCAUCUUUCUCCAGUUUAUUGAUUGUGUGUGGCAGAUGUCUAAACAGUUUCCUACAGCCUUUGAAUUCAAUGAGCCGUUCUUGAUUACAAUCCUGGAUCACUUGUACAGCUGCCGGUUUGGUACUUUCUUGUAUAACAGCGAGUCUGUGAGAGAAAAAGAGAAAGUGACUGAGAAAACAUUAUCGUUAUGGUCUUUGAUAAACAGUGAAAAAUCUAAAUACACGAAUCCUUUUUAUACUAAAGAGCUAAAUCGAGCACUCUAUCCGGUAGCCAGUAUGCGUCAUUUAGAGCUCUGGGUCAAUUACUACAUCAGGUGGAACCCAAGAAUUCGGCAACAACAGCCAAAUCCAGUGGAGCAGCGUUACAUGGAGCUCCUUGCGUUACGUGAUGAUUAUAUAAGGAGACUUGAAGAACUACAGAUCACAAAUAAUUCUAAGAUAUCCAAUUCAUCAGCCUCAUCAGCAUCUCCCUCACAAAUGAUGUCCCAAGUACAAACACAUUUUUGAAGAAAAUGUUGGCUUCGUUCUAUACUGUAAUAGCAAGUGGUGCUUAACAUAGAUCUAUAGCAUACAGAGGAAUAUUUUAAUGCCUUACAUUAGACUGUCCUAACACAAAUUAUUUUAGACUGUCUUCAUUUGAGGAGGACUUCAAAACCAACAAAACCAACUCUUCAAUUAUGUGCCUUUCAGAGCCUGUGGACUGAGAACGUUAUUAAUCAACUUCUAGAUAUGGAGGGCUUUAAGAGUUAUUUUAGAAAGUCUGGUACAAUUGAAAUUAAAUUGAUUUAUUGUUUUCAUAAGAAUGCUUUAAUUUAUUACACUUAGGUCAUGUUCCUGUAAGGAAAUUCAUGCUCAGUCUUACAUGUCAUGAAUAAACACAUUAAUGGCAAUAGGAAUAUUCACGUUGUGUAAAAUUAGGUAUGUGUGUAUUCCUGUUAGGAAUACGUUUGUGGAGUUCAUGAGAUAAAAAUAA